AGCUCCUUCGGCCAGUAAACUACAAUUUCUCAACAGGAGUAGAUAAAAAAGACGACCGGAACUUGGAACCGUAUAUUCAUUGGCUAAGUCCUAAAACUCACUCCUACUCCAUUGACGCUAUUACAUCCUCUUCUUCUCUAUAAUCACAUCGAUCGCGUCAGACUGAAUGUUACAUACCUAGGCACCUUCACUAGUUGUGGCUACCAUCUAACGUGUUCGGUUCAACUGUUCGGGACUCCAUCAUUGCCAGAGGAAAGCUUGAUCAUCCUUUCCCCAGUCAUAUUCAAAUUAAGACCAUGGAAUCAGGUACAUUUACAGACAUUGUGUUCGAACCCUAUACACCAGUUCAAUGGGAUGCCGCUCCUGAAAACCCCAAAGCCCAGGAAUUCCAUCCAACUAUGGACUUGCCCGAAAACAUGUCAUCUGGCAACUUGAUAGCAUCCAUGAAUUACUCUUCCGCCGCUAAGCCGCAUGAUGAACGAGCGCUCCUUGAGCAGCCCCCGUGGCUGCUUCCAAUGCCCGAGAAUGCACCUCCGAACGAGCUAUCCAAUACGGAUCCAACCCCGUGUGCCAUAGAUUCCGCCUUCGACUUGGACUUGGGCUCGGAUUGGCACUUCUUAAGUGAUGGUCAGCCAGUCACGGCAGAAAUGGGGCUAUUCUCGGACCAGGCCACCGAAAUAGGUGUUAUACAUUCGCCGUCAAAUUUAUUUGAGGAUGCCACAUCCGCGACCGUGUGUACCCUCCGGUCUCAGCACACAAGACUUGACAGUUCGUUAGAUACUAUCUUCUUGCCCAGUAAAGACUUCACAACGCCUCCAGCGACGGAGUCACGAAAGGAAGUAACCACCCAACUGCAGCAUCGGCCGUGCCGACCCAUCGCACCAAAAUUACCUUGCAUCCAGCGCUCCGAAGAUAGCCCAGUGACAGAUAACCAAUAUACAACGCGGGGUCACAAUGUUCAAGGGCCUCCAUGCACACUACGCAACAAAAGGAGACUGACGCCCGACUCGGAACUAGACAAGGUGACUGCCAGCAUCGGUGCCCCCAAAGUGGGCUUUUCUGUUUUCCAAGUCUCUAAGAGUCCGCAACCGGCGAAAAGACGGCGUAAGAGAGUAUUAAAACAGGACAAACUCGACACUAGGACUUGUCUACGAUGUCAAGACCAACAUCUCAAUUGUUCGGGGGGAUUCCCCUGCAGUAAUUGUGAGACUCUUUGGCGACGCAUUGAAAGGCGUAUCACCAAUAGAACUAUUUUAUGGACACUGCUUUGAUUCGGAUUUGACGUGAUUGCAUGAGAUCUUUUCAUGUGCGUCUUUCCUCCCCCCCGCCUUUUUCUUUUUGGUUGAUACUGACAUAGU